AUGAGCAUAUGCAAAGGUUCAUAUAACUUUGGGUUUAGGGGUCGUGAGACUUAUAAGACCCCAUUUAAAGAAAAAUUAUCUAGUGGCCCUGUGAGGGACUACAAAGGAGAAGCCAUACUGCCGGAAAUUUUUCAGCAAGGUUUCUCGCAGGCUGAUCUAGUAAGGCAUAUCCGAAUACAUACAAAUGAGAAGCCAUACAGUUGUGAGAUUUGCAACAAGGCCUUCUCAAGGAAAUAUUAUCUAGUGUGCCAUGUGAGAGGACAUACAAAGGAGAAGCCAUACAGCUGCGAAAUUUGCAGCAAGGCUUACUCGCAGAGGCUGUGCCAUAUGAGAAUACAUACAAACGAGAAGCCAUACAGCCGUGAGAGUUGCAAUAAGGUCUUCCUAUCCAAAAACGAUCUAGUAAGAUAUAUCCGGAUACAUACAAAUGAGAAACCGUAUAGUUGUGAGAUUUGCAGCAGGGCCUUCUCAAGGAAAUCUAAUUUAGUGUGUCAUGUGAGAGUCCACUCAAAGGAGAAACCAUACGGCUGUCAGAUUUGUAACAAAGCCUUCUCGGAGAAAUCUACACUAGAGAGUCAUAUGAGAAUGCACAUAAAGGAGAAUCCAUAA